UUAUUUCUGAAAAUUACUUUCAGAUACAGAAAUAUACGUCACUAAAUGACUAGAAUAACAAUAGAAUAUUCAUUUAAAGUCACGGAGUCAAAGGUUCUGCAAGGCAGGAAUCACCCCCCUGUAUAUGAUAAGCAGGUAAUUUUCCGUGCGUAAACGUGUCAGCCAUUCAAAACAGCCAUGAGCUUCUACGUCAGCACACUUUCACGCUCUGUCACCUGCAGCUGUACAACACACCUGUGCACGCGGGCUGGUUGCGGAAGCUUAAACUCCGCGCGGUUAUGUGGGGGCUCAUCUCGUACCUGAACAGCCCCGAGCUGGUGGCCGCUUUCCAGCGGUGCUGCGGGCUGGUUCCGAGAGAGACGUGCUCGCGUGUUAGUCAGAACGGACUCGUUCACGCCAAUGGAUCCGGUAAGAAUGGUCCGGUCACGAUCCACCGGCGAGGAGCGGAGCAGGUGGCGAACGGGACGUCACGCGCACAAGACAGUAACUCCAACUAUAAACCCGCCAGUUCACCGUGUGAAACCAAAGGCGAAGAGCAUCCCAGGCCUCGAUAUGAGGUGAGGAACUGGCUCUUCUACUUCCUGUUUGUGACUUCAGCUGCUCUGGGCCAUGAGGUCUUUUACAUCACCUUCCUGCCCUGCAUCCACUGGAACCUCGACCCGUUUCUGUGCAGGCGGCUCGUCAACAUGUGGGCCGUGGUGAUGUAUAUAGGACAAGUGAUGAAGGAUAUUUUAAAGCUUCCGCGUCCACCAUCUCCCCCUGUGGUCAAACUGGAGACGCGUGUGGACGCAGAGUACGGGAUGCCAUCCACACACGCCAUGGCAGCGACAGCCAUCUCAUUUACACUGCUUCUAAGUGCUCAGGAGAGAGUGAAGUUCCCGUUUGAACUGGGACUGAUUGUGGCCGUGGUUCUGUCUGCGCUGGUGUGUCUGAGUCGUCUUUACACCGGCAUGCACUCUGCUCUGGAUGUGAUCUGUGGCGUUGUAAUUUCAGCCAUCAUCAUAGCUCUGUCGUACCCGUACUGGGGAACCAUUGACUACCUUCAGCUGCACAACCCUCUCUCCCCCAUAGUGGGGGUGGUUCUGCCCCUCUUCCUGUCCUAUAAGUACCCCGAGCUGGACCAUUACAGCACCACACGGGGGGACACCACCAUUAUUUUAGCAUGCUGUUCGGGAUGUUCAGUCGGAUACUGGGUGAAUGAGCGAUUGGGCUUGACAUUUGACCUUGCUGGGCCUUUUCCAGUGACCCUUCCACCGCUGACCCUCGUGGCCUUGGGUCUCGGUGUGGCGCGGUUCCUGGUCGGGUUAGGGAUGCUGGUUCUGACCCGGCAGACGGUGCGCUGGGCGAGUCUGCGGGUGCUCUGUCGAAUUUCUGGAGCCUCUGUGAGUGAUGUCGAUGCACGCAGAAGGAAAGAGAUCGAGGUGCCGUAUAAGUUCAGCACAUAUGUUUCCAUCGGACUGGUCAACAGUAUCUUAGUGAACAGAGUGUUUGUGAUGAUGGGACUCUGGGAUUUGGGAAAUUCUGUAUAAUUUCUCGGUGUUUACAGACAAGUUUCAAGAGUAUCCCAGUAUCUAUAACUCAUUCUCAGGGAGAACUUCACAUAAGUCUUUGUUUAGGAAUAGCUGGCACAUUUAAAUUCUCACAUUGAACAGAAUUGUUAAACCUCCUAGCUGCAUUUUGUUAGAUUUCAAAAACUGAAACACAGUUCGUGGAUGUUUGAGCAGUUUUGCUGGGUUUUAAGGGAUUAUUCAGGGUUAACACAAGCCAAAUGUGAAGUGUGUAAUUUCUGUGCCACAAGCUCAACAAAAGAAAUCAGAAACACACACAAAUGACUAAUGAAUAAUUUCCUUUAAUAGUUAGUUAGCAUUUUUGUGCAAAAAUUAGUGUAUUUUUAUUAUUUUUAUGCACUGUUUUUGCACUUCCAGUUGCGUCUUACUAAAUGUAAUGUUUUUUUUUUUUUUUGUGAAUAAGUAUUUGGUUUAAUGUCUGUUUACUGUUUACUCAAGCUCAAGAUAUUUUCACGUUUUAUUCUACAACAUAAAAUACAUCAGUAAUACCCCACU